CAAUCCCAGGACCCUGGGAUCAUGACCUGAGCCGAAGGCAGAUGUUUCACUGACUGAGCCACCCGGGCGCCCCUAGACAGCAUUAUAGACAUCACCUAGACCAGCAUUCCUAGUCGGGCUGCUCAUUAGGGUUAUCUGGGAUACAUUGGAGAGCUGAUGCCCCAAACCCAUCUCCAGAGAUUCCCAUUCUGAUUGUUGGAGGAUUAGGCCUAGACGUUGUUCUUUUGUAAAAGCUCCCCAGAGAUUCUAAUGUACAGCCAGGAUUGAGGAGCAUUCCCCUAGAAUAGAGGUCUUGACUUUGGCAUAUAGUAUAAACACUUGAGGGACUAAUACUAACUGGGUCUGACCCAGGGGUUCGGAUUUAAUUGGUCUGGGACAAGGCUGGGCAUCAGAUUUCUGAGCGCUCCCCAAAGAAUUUAAUGUCCAUCCCAGUUUGACACUCUGGACCAGCGAUUUCAUUCUGCAGAUGGGAAACCAAAGCCUAAAGACAGGAAUGUAUUCUGAAGUCACACAGCAAAUGAAUGAGGGCAGAGCCCUCCUUCUCAUACUGCAGAGCACAAAGCACUCGCUUCUUUAUUGGUAUCUCUGAUCAUUUGCUUCCAUGACAGAUAAUCUCAUUUAAUGCUCACGACUUCUGGUGAGGAAGUGAGUAUCAUUACUUCCAUUUUACAGAGGAGAAUAUCAAAGAACAAAAUUAUCCAAGUGACUUGCCCAAGGUAGAGGUAAGAACCUAGAAUGUCCUGUUCCUGGUCCAGCACUCUUUUAACACCAUGCUAUUGUCAUAUACAGGUUCUAGAAUGAACAGGUCAGUGCUAUGAGGUGGGUUCCAGGUGUAAAGGGGAGGGACUAUGAGGUGACAUUCUAGAAUGGUGGAAGGGGUAGGACAGGAGGCAGAGGACUGUUCCCUCACAAACGGGGGCUUUGCGGCCGCCAUGUCCUAUUUCAUGUCUCCACAAACUCAUCAAGGUCUUCCGCCUUCCAGUCAAGGUGGGGCUACUUCUCCAGGCUCAUCCCUUGGCCUCUAUAGUCCUAUAGAGCCAGUGGUGGUGGCCUCUGGUGGACUAGGCCCAGUGAGCCAGAAAGCUGAGCAGGUGGCUCCUGUUGCCCAGGCCUGGGGCCCAGCCCUGGCAGUGCCGGAAGCCAGGGGCUGCCCUGGGGGGGCUGGCUGGGAGACACUGCAGCGGAAGGAUUAUGGCCGAUACAACCACAGAUUCCCCCUCGCAAGGCAGCCGGAGAGCUUGGGCUGGGAGGAUGGCUGCUCCAGAAGCAGAGCUCCCCGCCUGGGUGGCCCCAGCAGGCCUGGGCCCCUGCUGCUGUGUGGGCUGUCACCAGGGGUUCUACCGAUGCCCUCUGAGGCAGGGGGGAAGGAGGCCGGCUCCCAGCCUGAUAUCUGCAUCCUUACCCUGGCCAUGAUGAUCGCAGGCAUCCCCACCGUGCCUGUCCCAGGGCUUCGGGAAGAGGACCUGAUCCGGGCGGCUCAAGCUUUCAUGAUGGCCCAUCCGGAGCCAGAGGGGACCGCGGAGGGGGCGCGGUGGGAGCAGGCCCGUGCCCACACAGCCUCUGGGCAAAUGCCCCUCAUGAGAUCCAGGAGAGGCCAGCCUCCUGGCUCCUGCUUGUAGCUGGAUGAAAUAGCA